AUGAAUCGGAAUCUGUGUCUGAUGAAAACCAGCCCGUUAUUUAAAGAGCUUGCGGCUUACACCCAUCCACACCACCCCAUCCACACCACCCAUCCACACCACCCCAUCCACCACCCACCCAUCCACACCACCCAUCCACCACCCAUCCACACCACCCCAAUCCACAACACUAAUCCACCACCCAUCCACCACCUAACACCACCCACCCAUCACCACCCACCCAUCCACCCCCAUCCCUACCACCCAUCCCUACCACCCGUCCACCACCCAUUCCCACCACCCGUCCACCACACCCAUACACCACCCAACAAUCCACCACCCAUCACCACCCACUCAUCCACCACUCAUCACCACCCACCCAACCACCACCCAUCCACCACUCCCAUCCACUACCCAUCCACCACCCCCAUCCACACCACCCAUACACACCACCCCAUCCACACCACCCCCAUCCACCACCCCAUCCACACUACCCAUCCACACCACUCCCAUCCACCACCCCAUCCACACUACCCAUCCACACCACUCCUAUCCACCACCCCAUCCACACCACACCUAUCCACCACCCCAUCCACACUACCCAUCCACACCACCCCAUCCACACCACCCAUCCACACCACCCCAUCCACCACCCACCCAUCCACACCACCCAUCCACCACCCAUCCACACCACCCCAAUCCACAACACUAAUCCACCACCCAUCCACCACCUAA